CACCAACCGACUCGUCGUGCGGUCUUCGCGCAGUAAAUUUGUGCUUGUAUUAUAAGUGUGUGUGUGUGUGUGUGUAUGGUGCGCGCUCGUGUCAAGACGUCGACAAAUAAAUAAUAUUGAUUCUUCGACACCGACCAGUGACCAUACCCGCCCCGUUGACGUCUCAAUGUGCUUCGGAGACGAACCGUCCGCAUAGACCCGACAGCGUGGUGGCGGCUGCCGCUAUGUUUUCCGGCAGGACUCGGUCCAGUGUCCGGCUCAAGGAUCCCAAACAACAGAGGGAUGAUUCUAAUGGCGGCGGCGGAGGAGCGUUUACCAGGUGGCUUCGCGAGUUCCGGAAAGAGUCCUAUAAGGUCAACAACGGCUCUGGCGGAAACACACCCGGCGGCACAUACCACACCACGGCCGAAGACGGCAGACGAAGGCAUUCGUUCAACGCGCACGACAAAAGCUGCACGCAGACGGACCCGAGAGGCGGUUCGCACGCCACCGGCCAAACGUCCAGGGCGCCCUGCAGGCGUGCCAACAGCACGGCCGCGCCAAAAUCCAGGAUACGAAACGAUGGAUCGUUCUCUAAGGCCAACUGUUCUUCCGUGGCCACCAUUAGAGAAAUUCCAAGUACCAAGAAGCAAAGUCAUCAUAUCGACGGUAAACAAUACAUAAAGUCCGGUCAAACGGCAACAGCACGCAUGACAGAAACCUGCGAGGGACACACGGCACGGAACAGGGCACCAUUGCCACCCAUCGAGGUCAAGGAUACCGGUGGACACGAAAAGUUCCCUUCCUGGCCAGCCACCACAGGCCCUAAGAGCAAUGGAAUGUCCUCCGUUACCGCCAGAUCGUCAAAGUCCUGGGCCGAACAAACCAGUUACCCGAAGGAACAACCGCCGCCCAUCGUCCGACCGUACCCCAAGAGGCUCUCCAACGGUCUGUACACGCAGCAACUCAAAACAGUGAUGGAACGGUGUGAAAAAGGAAAACAACUCGAACCGCUGGACAGACUGCGUUCGAUGAGAACCAAAUCUGCUUAUGUCGUCGACAGACUGGCGGCCGACAAAAACUACUGUGUGCCAUUGACGGAGGACCCAGACACGACUAAACCUCAACUGACCCAAGCACAGCUGGAAAAGUACUCUAGAGCUUACGACGACUCUCCGCACCGAGAAACAGACGAGUAUUCAAGCUGUUUCGACGGUAGCGACAGCAUGUUGUCUAGUCAUCUGACUAAAGAAGAGCUGGAACACUACACGCGAAUCUACGAGGAAAAGUCCACUUCCCAGAUAAGCCUGACCGAAAAAGUGGUACCUUCGCACCAACACCAAACGUCGUACGCUCAGAGCGAGGGAUACCACAGCUACGUGUCCAGCACCGAUUCCACAUCAACCCCUUUCCUGGACAGGCUCCGGAGAGAAAACGAAUCUGUCGUAGUUGUCAGCAAGGAAAAGCCCUCUCAAGGCCGAGACUCCAGUGCCAGCUCGGGAUCUUCUAGCGAGACAUUAAAGUGGCAUGGUUCCAACAGCGAUUUGAGCACGGUGUCAAACGGUGGCCAUCGAGUGACUACUCAGCUUAUAGCGCACAGUGCUAAAGUGUCGGCUCCUCAAAGACACCACUCGGAAUCCGUGCAAAGCGUCACAGAAAAUUGGUCCGCAAGUCAAGACAUCAGGAACAACAAUCCGAGGAAUCACAGAAAACUGUUCCCUGUCAGCACGUAUACCGUUCAACCGGCCGUGGUCAUGGACGAAAAAACGUCCCCUAAGUCUCCACCGGCCUUGAGCGUAGCAGAGCGAAUUAACGAAUUAGAAAAGCAGCAACAGCAAGCUUCCAGCAAGUUAAUGUACUUCGACCCGGAGAAAAAACAUAAAGUUCCUGAUCACUCGUUAAGGGCGAUACAGAAAAGAGCUUUGUUGUCGUUCUACGAGAGACACCAGUCUGGAUCUUCGUGGAGAUCUGAGCCCCAAUUAUCGCCACCUCCCAGGCCACCGCCAAUACCAUCCAGGCCCAGACUACCGACUCCACUAUCCAGACGUUCAUCGAUUUCUUCGGAAUACGAUUCGCCCACGACUUGGAACGAUGAAUGCUCCAAGGACGACAGUUCAACCGACGAUAUUAAAGGCAACAACAACUGCAAAGAACUCAACAAAAGUCAACAUAGAAGCUCUAGCUGUGGUUCAUUAUCAACCGCAAUAUUAGGUCCUAUGGUUCUGGGGCCUUCAAUAUCCAUCGAUGAUUGGGUACCAGAGUUGCCACCCAAAAAGAAAUCACUGCAACCCGUUCGACAAACUCCGGUGAAACGAGAAUCCAGCCCGGAUUUGCCACCACCGCCCCCUAUGGUCGAAGAAGAGUUGUUUGUCUCUGAUGAACCCCUCCCACCUCCUCCGCCCGAAGCGAUAUGGCCCAAGUCGGAAGCCCUAAAAAACGACAAGUUCUUGAGGAACGGCAAAGAGAAGAGAUUGGAGAGCAGUUUUAGCGCCGUCGAAGAUGUUCUCAGGGAAAACAAUCUGGACGAAUUUCCCGACUACCGAGACCACCAUAUGAGUGAAAAAUCAAAAUCGCUGUCUUACAUUUUUGACAGUACCCCUAAAGCCAUGCCACAGACUCCGGUCAAGACGUCUGCGGCCGAGAUGCACGUCAACGGCAACGCGGACGAAAAACCUAAGGAAUUCGGUCGGUCGUCGAGCGUGCGAAAGAACAAGCUGACCAUACCCAACAAGGAAUACUGCAGGUCCGAGUUCUCCGCCAGGAAAUCCGUCUUCCAAGGCGGUUCGGUACCUAAACAAGUGGUCAUGUCGACGAUUAAGCCGCCGGCGUUCAGUGCGACCACCGUCCAGAAUAACGUGGUCAAGCAUCAAAUAUGUACCCCGCUGAAAAUUGCCAGAGACAUUGACAAAAAAGCUAGAUCCCCGUCCGCCAAGAACGUCGUCGGACCCAUUAAGACUUCCGGUGUGUUCCCGCCGUCUUUGGAACCCAGUUGCCCACCGACUCUCUACCAACAGAGUCAAUCGAAAGCUUCGUACUUGUCGGCGUACAAGAGAGAACCCAGAGAACGGGAAAAAGGACUGCCGAACUUCGAGGGAAGUUACAAGAGGACUGCGUCUCCCAACGGCGGUCGCGGAGACUCGGCGACUAUCUUAGAACCUCAAGAUGUGGAAAACGUGGCGCCCGCGGAUUCUGACUGCAAUAAAUUGGAUAGCAACGCUAUGGUCGGCGGCGGUCGUCUGCCGACAGCAGCAGCAGCAGCAGCAACAGCAGCAGCGGUGGUAGUGGAUACUAGUCAAUCUCCUUUGGUAAAACCUACCGGCGACGUACCGACGGCUGCCCCGACGGUUUUAUCCGAGAGACCUAUUGUUGUUGAACAACAACAGCAACAACAACAACAGCAACAGCAACAACAACAACUAUCUAAAACUUUGCCUCGAAACAACCCGACCAAUGAUUUCAAAAGGUCGUCGAGAACGCCCCGCACCCAGUCGGACCCGUCCAACAUGCCCGGCAAGGAUAUGACGGUGGCCGCGUUCCCCAUACCGCAUUCCGAGUCCACGUUGAGCUUGCAAAAGCGAUCGCAGUCCGACCUGUCGCAAGUGGGCUCCACCGAAAGCGGCUACAGCAGUCUCAGCCUGAACGCGCCCUCUCCUUCGCAUUCGCCCACCCGGUUGUCGUCCAGUGACUUCGCCGCCGCCACCGUCAGGACCAACUGCUGCGUGGAGACCCAAUGUGACCGCGACGAAUCCCGGUCAGAGUGCACGUGGUACGACGAGCCCGCGAGGUCGCAGAGACGUCACCGGCCCGUCUCUAGGAGCUGUUCGUCAACCACCACCGUGUCGGACGCAGCGUCUCAGACGGACCUCAAGUCGUCUUCGGGCUCGAGCACUCCCGUGCCGGUCCGCAAGAAGUUGCCCGAGGAAAUCGAAUGCGAAGAACUGUCCAGGGAUCUGAUCAGCCAUCUCUCACCGUCCGACAAACUCCACAACAUACUCGCCCCUGGGCCGGACGUGAAACGAUCCACCGACUACGUUUCAUCCCUAUUCCGCAUGGAUUUGAUGCCCCGUUCCCGAGCUUCUAUAGCCGAAAAACCCGACUGCAAUGGUGAUAACAGUGUUUGUAUUACAAACAAUGGACUAUCGCCUACUUCAUCCUUUUAUGCCACGUCCGAGCCGAAAGCUAAAGUCUUGAACCACUAUAGACAAAGGCAGCAGCCAACGGUUGAAUGUAAUGGAAUGGGCAAUUUACAAAAGAAAAAGGCGGAUUUGGUAUCGAGGCUAGACCGAAAACUAAAGGUUCUCCGCGAUGAACAGGUAGCCCUGACCGAAGAGUCGUCCGUGAAUGAAGCGUUAGGCGUAGCAGUAGCAGACCGUGUUAAGUCGGUGGCAAAACUGCAGGAAGCCAACAAGUUUAGGACUCACGUGCAGGAAGUCGGGCACAUUACCAGUCUGUUGCUUAGCCUGAGCGGCAGACUGGCUAGAGUAGAAAACGCUCUGCUCGAGCUGGACACCGACCAUUCUGAAAAGAAGACGCUCGAAGAGAAGAAGUCGAAAUUGACGUGCCAGCUUGAGGAAGCCAAGGAGCUGAAGGAGAACAUCGACCGACGAGGCGACAUAGUGUCCACCAUACUGACCCGGUACCUAACGGCCGACGAGUACUCCGAUUAUGAUCAUUUCAUAGCCAUGAAAGCGAAAUUGUUGAUCGACGCCCGGGAGAUAUCGGACAAAAUUCAGUUGGGCGAAGAGCAGUUACGCGCCCUCAAAGAAACGCUCGACGACUAAGCAGAAAAUUCUAUUUAAUUAAAAACAAACAUAAUAUAAUAUAUAUAAAUAAUAAUAACAAAUUACAAAUUGUUGACUGAAAAAAGUUUAUAUAGUUAUACCCCCCCCCCCAAGAUCUCUAAUUAAAAAUGCUUCACGUCCACUUCUGUUCAUUAUAAUAAUAUAUAUAUUUAUAUUUAUAUAUACUUAUUUUACUGUGUUAUAUGCUUUCGAACAAUGCUUAAUAUUCUGUAAAUAUUUUAUUUAAAAAUAUUACUCAUAAAAACAUCAUUAUUAUUACUAUAUUAUUCUUCGUCGUAUUUAUUAAUUUAAACAUAACAAAAAAAAAAACCUUAGUUUAUUUGUUAAUAUAAGCGCGUAUGCAUUACCAUUAAAUAUGCAAUGCGAUUUAAAGAAAAAUCAAAUUUACGGUUUUCUGAUUUUGGUGUCUAAUGAGAAAAUUUUACCCUUCAUCUUGUGAUAUUUGCCUUUUAAAAUUUUUAUUAAUACAAAUAUUAAAAAAAAAAAACCAAAAGUGAAAUGAAUUAUUAUUUGUACCUAUGUCUUAUUAUUUCUCUCUGAAGAGAUGAUUUAUGUUACUUUUAGUUAUU